GCGGGGCGUAUGGUAGCACUCCAUGCUGGGAAGUGUAGUUUCUCCCUCCUCAUCUUUCUGGAUGGGGUUGGGGAUGGGGAUCUCCGGACUGCUUCCCUGUCGCUCUCCCGCACGCUCUCCCCACCACCGUCACCCCUCUUCAGGGCCACUCAGCGCUGACGACAGGCUGAGCUUCCCUCCGCGCGCUCCCCGGGAGUAAGGGGAUGAGGUGGGAAAGGAGACUGAGGGGCUCUGGCGGCUGCCAUUUUGACCUCCGCCUUCCUUCCGGGUUUCGGAGCACCCCCUCCCAGGAUAAGACACCGUCUCCAGCUGGGGUGGGAGUCCCAGACCACUUCCUUACCCCCUUCCUCAGUUGCCUCCCACAUCCCAUUCCUGAGCCCGGCGCUCCUGGGCUUGCAGCCAGUCCCUCACACUCAGCAGAUGCGGGUUUGGAGGAGGGAGUUUGGCCAGGGACGGGAUUUAACAAAUUCCUUGGGGACCUUGAUUCCCAGGGAAGAAUGGCAGUGACCCAGCACGGAUUGGGGGACCCAGUCAGGCAGCCCAGAAAAAGGGAGAUUAUACAAACAGAUGUAAAGACCCAGUAACAACAUGUGUGAAUCUGUCUACGAGGCUGGGACAGGAGAUGAGGUGCGAAGAAUCCAGUUUCAACCAAGUGGUGUAACAAAAAAAGUUGCCGUCUCAAUAUUGGUUUAUGUUUAUUUUCCACUGACCCUAUGGGUGAAGAUACCCUUGACCAUUACUCCACCUGAAUAUGUUCCAGUUCAUCCGACGUUACAUCACCAGGUUAAGAGAUAUGGAGAUCUCCACAAGGAUUUGGAGAAGAGUCCCAAUAAUUAUUAAAAUUCUGGACUAGAUCUAUUAGGAAAGAUAGAUGGACUAUAAGGCACUUGCCCAAGAAACUGCUCGAGAAGUUUUAGACUACAGUCAAGACACAUCAGGCUGGAAAGUGGUUAAGACUUCAAAAAAGAUAACUGUUUCCAGCAAGGCUUCUAAAAAAUUCCAUGGAAAUCUAUACCGUGUCGAAGGAAUAAUUCCAGAAUCAACAGCUAAACUGUCUGAUUUCCUAUACAAACCUGAAAACAGAGUUACAUGGGAUAAAUCAUUGAAGGUGUACAAUAUGGUACACAGGAUUGAUUCGGACACAAUCAUAUGUCAUACCAUUACACAGAGUUUUGCCAUGGGCUCAAUUUCCCCCCGAGACUUUAUCGACUUAGUGUACUUCAAGCGCUACGAAGGGAAUAUGGAUAUUAUCAGUUCUAACAGUGUGGAUUUUCCAGCAUAUCCUCCAUCUUCAAGUUAUGUCCGUGGUUAUAACCAUGCUUGCGGCUAUAUAUGUUCCCCUCUGCAAGAGAACCCAGCGCAUUCCAAACUAGUGAUGUUUAUCCAGACAGAAAUGAGAGGAAAAUUGUCCCCAUCAAUAAUUGAAGCAACCAUGCCUUCCAACUUAGUAAGCUUCAUCCUCAAUGCAAAGGAUGGAAUAAAGGCACUCAGAUCUCCAGCAGGACGUGGAUACCAUCAUAGCGGUCACUCAUCAUUCCUAAAGAAGAAGUGAGGCCAUAGAAAAGCACGUGUGGCAGUUACAGCAGUUUACUUCCAAGUGGAGUUUCUGCCAUUUUGGGAACAUAUGAUGUAUGCACUAGCCCCUGGACGUGCUAAGCAUGAGCAAUUGAACCAACAGUGCCUGCGCAAGCUCCCUGCUCCCGCCCUUACACUGAAUAAACGCUUCCUGCACUAACAGCAUGGUGAGACGGUUCUUCGUGAGCUACUUCCCUGUCUUCUUACCUGUAACAAGCAAUAAAAAGUUCUUUGCUUUUAUCAUUUCCUCAGGUUGUGUUCAAAGUGAUGUUCAACCCCCAACAGUGAACCCCUUAAGUUCAGUUACAUAACCAAAAACAAACAAAAACCUCUGGAAUUCCUGAUCACUUGGAAUGUUUUAUUUCUUGACCUAGUUACACAAUUUUUGCUUAUGAUUACCCAUUAACUUACUUAUGCACUUUUCUGCAUAAAAACUUCACAAUAAAAUAUUUUUAAAUAUUGAAAUUAACCCAGAUUUGAUGAAGGCAUACAGCUGCAGAUUCAGUAAGCACCUAAAUCCCAACCAUCAUAAGAACAAAUACGUAGCUAGACAUGUAAUAAAAACUGCAGCUCUCCAAAGAUAACAGUGAAUAUCUUAAAACAGUCCAAAGACGUCAGCUCAAAAAUCGCAGUUUUGAAGACACAGUUUCAGAAAGUGAAUUCUACUUGGAAGGAAUGAAUAUAUGAGAUGCAAGUAAAAAAGGUGAGCAGAAAAAAAAGAUAAUCAUGUUCACAAACCUAAACAUUAACUCUAUAAAAUACUAAUAAAUCCAAUUGGAGGUUAAUAAAAACUAGAGAAAUUAAAAUUAACAUAUUUUAACAUCUUUAUCUUGUUUGGGAGAAGGUACAUCUAUUUACCAUUUUUGGAUGUUAGGCAUGUUCAAUUUUUAAGGGUAAUCGAGAGUACUUACCCUUUUUAAGGGUAAUUUGAGAGUAGACAUCUCAAAUCAGUCAAGGGAAAAUAUAUUGAAAAAAUUCAAGUAAUCUAAAAACAAGAUGAGAAAAAGGGAGGGAAAGAAUCAUAGCAUAGAAAGAGAGAAAAACAGGAAGCACAAAUAAUAUGGAAAAAAUAAAUCCAAACAGAUUUGCGCUUCUGCACUACAGUGGGACAAAUACUCUUAAGAGUUCCUUCAAUACAAAAUACUAGAUUCCAGAGAAAAGACUUUUUAAUUCAUUGUUGGUUGAACUAUAUAAGGGAAAUCUCCAGGCCCCAAUCCCCUACAGUCAUGGAGGAAAAAAAUUGAGCUGAAACAAAAGCAGGAAAGGAACAGGAAGCAUCAGGCAAAAAGCAAACUUGAAAGAUGGGGUUCUCCCUGACAGCAAAUGCCUGCAAUAAACAUUUGGAGACAAAACCUUAGGACAGUAGCAAGGUCAGGGAGCUGAGAAUAAGACAAACUAAAAUAACUGCAUUCAGCAAGGACCUUCAGGGGCUACAGCUGAUACCAAAUGGGUUCAUGCUGACUCACUGGAAGCAAAUGCAAAUCCUAUCUGGAGGGAAGCACCGCACAGUUUUGGUCCUUCAUCUUCCCACAGACUAAGCUCGGCCACAGACUCAAGGAAACAGGCUAAUCAACAGGUACACAACAAUAUCCAAAAACUUAGACUUAAAAAAGAUUUAAAAUAUUGAAAUUAUCAAAAAUAGAAUACAAAAUAGUUAUAUGAGUUUUUAAAAAUUAGAAAGACUUAUAAAAGGCUAUAAUGAAUAAAUGGGAAGAUUAGAAAAAGAAUCAGAU